AUGCACGGUUUAUCACUACCAAUUAAAACUGUAACUGGCCUGAUCGAAGUACUGUCGGUUGGAUUUCCUAUGCUAUUCUCCGCAGAUGCUAGUUGCACCGUAAUGAGUAAAGAGCAAGGGUCUUUAGAAGAGCAGGUUCAAAGUAUUCAUAUCUCUGAUGAUGAAUCCGACGACACCUUACCCAAUGAAACUCCCAAGCUCAGUGUUUUUAAGGACAAAGAUGAUGGCUGUUUUACUGCUUUUAUGAAGGAUUCUAGAAUUAUUAAAAUAAUCGAAGAGUACUUUAAAAAUCUGAAUCAUAUCCAACGUGAGGAGUAUGAAAAGAAUAUAAAUGAGAUUAACGAAAUUGUGGGAAUGAAGCUGUAUAAUUAUUGCACUGAAACGAUGAGUGGAUGUUUAAGUAAAGACGAAAUCCUAAACGAAGAUGGUAGUCUUAAAGAAAAAAUAGCUCAACAAGCAGAGGGAUAUUUCGAAAUUAGCUUCAAAGAGUGGGAAUCUAAAUUUAAAAGGAUUGAAGUAUCAGGUUUUGAAUUUGAUCAUAUUCCGACCAAGGCAUUGAAGUUCUUGACUGAAUACCUUGAAACUGAUGAAUUGAGCAUAUCAGAAACACUAUUGACAUUGCUGCAUUGA